AGGCAAUUCCGUUCGCCAUGGUCGCGCUGUCAUCUCUCGCCGUCGCAUGGACGCAGCUCCUGAGCAACUACGCGCAGCUCUUGCCGUCAAGCGCCGCCGAUUGGGCGCUCUUGGCCUACAAUGUUCUCGAUCGUCCGAGUUCUCCUAGAGUCUCGACACCCCAUGCGGCGUCCGUCGGCACUGCCGUUGGCGCCGGGCCUUUCCAUUGGUCCUUAUGCCCCGACCAUGCUGAUGACAUGCGGUACCAGUGCGGCUACCUCACUGUGCCGCUCGACCACUUGGAUCCGACCACGAAUGCGACACUCGACAUUGCCGUUCAAAAGUACACGACGAACGCGACGCCAUCGCUCGGCACGAUCCUCGUCAAUCCGGGCGGUCCCGGCGGUCCCGGCACGGGCAUGGCCAUCCCGCUCAUGGCGACGAUCACAGGCGGUCAGUACGACAUUCUCGGGUUCGACCCGCGCGGCAUUGGCAAGUCACGCCCGAUGCAAUGCUCCAAGAACCGGUUCACGGCCGCGAUCGAAGGCGCUGCGAUCGCCGACCUCGAGUCGCCACUCGCCCACGGCUUCAUCUCGGACGCCGAGGCUGACGCCUACGCCUCCAACUAUGCGCUGCCGAUCGCGCGUUGCCACCUCUACGACGGCGACUACCUCCCGUACCUCUCGACAGCGUUUGUUGCCCGGGACAUGGACCUCAUCCGCGCCGCACUCGGCCAAGACCUCAUGCACUACUACGGCGUCUCGUAUGGCUCGUUCCUCGGUAUCACGUACGCCAACAUGUUUCCUCAGCGCGUCGGCCGCUUCGUCAUUGAUGCGGUGCUCGACCCUGAGCUCUACACGGGUCCUGCGCCCGCGCUCAUGGCCGGGUCCUUUCGCGACACGGACAGAAUUUUUGCGGGUUUUGCGGCCGACUGCGAGGCCGCGGGCCCGCGUAAUUGUGCGCUCGCCGAUAGCAGUGCGCCGCGGCCCUAUCUCUUGUCGCGCUUGCGUGCGUUCUUGGCCAACGUGACUGCGUCGCCGCUGCUCGUGCCCGGCGGCGAUGAUGUGGUGCGGCUCACCGACACUGCCGUGCGCAACCUCAUCGUGCCGCACCUCUACUCGGCCAUGCGCUGGCCGCAGCUCGCACUCGAGCUCAAAGCGCUGAUGGACGGCACGUACUCGGCGCCUUUGAAAAAUGCCUCGUGCGACGACUUGGAUGCGGACACUGGCGUCGGCAUGGCGUACCAAGCCUACAUUGGUAACGACGGCGACUGGGAGGGGAACGCCAAGGCCAACUGGACGAGUGCGCUCCGCUCCGUGCAGAACGCGACCCGCGUGCUGUUUGAUCCGGAGAUGAACAACAUCAUGGCCGUCAAGUUUUGGAAGACGCGGGCCGUCGAGCGCUACGAUGGCCCGUGGGGGAAAGCGUAUGCCAACAAGGUCGUCAUCCUCAACAACGAGCUCGACCCUGUGUGCCCGCUCCACUCUGCCCAGCACGUUCGCGACCUCAUGGGUCCAAUGCACUCUGUGCUCGUCACGCGCGACGGGUACGGCCACGGCGCGGCCGUGAGCCAGCCAAGCGCGUGUUUACACCGCAUUCUCGUCGACCUCUACUCGAAUGGAUCCUACCCCGUCAACGACACGCGUUGUGGCGUGGACCACGGACCGUUCGACGCACCGACGCUUCCAACGACGUUGCUCGAUGCCAUGACGCGCCUCGCAACCAUGCGGAUCCGAAAGUAAUUUUGUUCCGUGUGCAUACAUUGUCACCUCUUCGUUUUGGUGCUUGGCGCCGAGGCGAGACGCUCAC